AUGAGUGGCGGUGACAGACGGUGGCCGACAGCGGAGCUAGGUUUUCCGACUACAAGAUAUUCCCAAAUUAACAGUAGAUCGACAUCUGUAGGUGUGUUUGGUGAAGAUUUCCCCAAUAAAAGUUUGAAUUUGAUGGAUGUUGGUGGCGGGAUGGAGGUUAUUCAGUUUUCCGGAGAGCACGGGAAUGACAGUGUCGGGAGGUUUUUACUGGUGAAGAAAGGUAGUGGUAUGGUCGGAAUUUUGUGGGGAAUAGGGUGGAGCGGAAGCGCCGGUGAUAGCAGCAAGGAAGACGACAAUGGUGGGUGGUUGCACUUUUACGGCGACGAAAGGGAGGGGUUGUUGGCGGUUGGGUUGGCUAGGGAGAUGAGGGUGGGAGACGACAACAUGGUGGCGAGUUUGGCAGUAUCGAUCGGCGAUGUUGACUAG